UUUACCUAGAGUAAAGUAAUCGUAUCGGUUGCACCUGAAAACAACGGCGAGUGCCGUUCGAGAUCUUAAGAUCGACUGAGUUUGUGUGAAUUUGUGUUAGUGAAUGAGCUUCACAAUGGUAAGCCCACUCUUGGGUUUGGUGUCCCUGGAAUCCUUAAUGGAUAGAAAGGCUGAUUCUCCGGCUGAUGACACUAUCUUAUCAAGAAUCAAAAGAUUUGUAUUCGUAUAAGGGGUACCUCUACAAGCAUUGACUUAAUGAUGGCCUCAAUAGCUGAGCUUAAACCUGUCCUCUUGAGUAGGGAGGAGGCUUCUAAAGAGCUGGCCGGUAACCUUACAGAGAAGUUCUCAAUCUCUAGCCAAACAUCUUCUGGCACCAAAAGGUCUAGCAGACUGGACCGUUUAGAAGAGAGCCAUUUAGAAUUGAAAGGAAUGUUGGAAUCCUUUAUGAAAAAGUUUGAUCGCCCAGAUACUUCCGAGCCUGAAUACUCUUCUGGUGAUGAACCUGCUUUUAAUGUUGAGGAUAUAAAUACUAAUAUGUCGUCUCCGGAACCUUCUGAAGUUCCUUGGGCUCCCCCUGAAUGCCCGAUGGAUGAAGAAUUUGAUUUCUGCCCUGUUACACGUGAGCAAGAGCCAGCAGUUCCUGCACCUAAAUCGCAUAUUGCUGAUCAGGGUAUCAGCUGUCAAAGAUUAGGAGAGUUGUCUUUUAAGCAAAUUCGAUACGCUGAUGUUCAAAAGAAGCUACAGGCUGCUCCUGUCUAUAGUGCACUUAAAAUAAAUCCAGCACUUUCUAAGCAUUCCAAUUCUAAUACACAGUCUCAAGAAUCCUUGACGAAGUCGAACUCAAUGCUGGGCACCAUUCUCCAUGGUCUUCUAUUACAGCGAGAAGCGUUAUCUAAUUCAGUUAAGGAACUCUCUGCUAAACAUCCUGCGUUAAAACAAGAUCUCUCCCAAGUAUUUGGAGCUGCAUCAUCCUUCAAAUCAAUCUCGGAUGACAUCUUGCAAUAUGUUUGCGGGCGCAGAGCAGAGGUAAUUGAACAAAGACGUAAUUGUUUUCUUCCUAAAGAUGAUGUGCAAGCCUCUCUCCUCAGCGCUAUUCCACCUUCAAUUACCCAUCUUUUCUGUGAAAAACAACUAUCCGAACUUAUGAAACAACCCGCUCAAAAUUCAUUUUUUCGUCCCGCUAGUAGAAGACACUUUAAAAGACCAAUGUAUCAACCCAAUCUUACACACAAAGUUUCGAAAACGUCACAUGGCAUUAAGAAAAACUACAGACCCAGGCCUUCCACUAAAACGUCAGAGGAUUGGAGAGGCCCAUCGGGAAGUGGAACGAGUUCGAGAAAAUUCCAGCCUACUCGUGGUAGAUCAACUAAACAUCAGACUAAAAAAGGUCACAUAAUCCCUGAUAUGCAGGAUUUUCGAGGAGGGAGACUUUUAGCUUUCACAGAAGCUUGGCAGAGGGCAGGUGCGCCACCAGCCGUUUUAAAAAUAAUAAAUGGGUAUUCAAUCCCCUUUCUCAAAAGACCUCCUCUAGUUCCGUUUUCAGAAAAGGUGUUGGGAAGAUUCAACACUCAGGGGAUGGAUCAAGAAAUUGCAUCUCUUCUAAUGCAAGGCAUUCUGGAAAUAUCAUCAGAAAGUAUGGGGUUCCUUUCUACAAUGUUCCCGGUGCCGAAAUCAGAUGGAUCUAUUCGUUCGAUAAUAAACCUUCGCGGUCUAAACAGCUAUUUGUGUCCAAAAAAAUUCAGGCUUCUAAACCACCUCAAAGUGCCAGAAUUUCUUCAGAAGGGAGAUUUCUUAGUAAAGAUAGACAUCUCCCAAGCUUACUUUCACAUACCAAUAAUCCGUCGACAUCGGAGGUUCCUCUCAGUAGUUCACCUGAACCGGGUUUAUCAGUUUACAUGCCUCCCAUUCGGCCUUUCAACUGCUCCGAUAACCUUUGCCAGAGUUUCAAACUGGAUAGCGUCAAUCUUAAGAGAAAUGAAUAUGCGAGUAAUUGUCUAUCUGAACGAUUUCUUAAUAGCAGAACAAGACUUCUUAGAGCUUUUGAAGGACGCGCAGAAAGCAGUAGAAUUUCUGGAAAGUUUGGGUUGGAUGGUAAACAAGGAGAAAUCUCUGUUAAAACCUAUUCAAAGUCUAGAAUAUCUAGGAAUUAUGUGGGACACCGCAAACUAUGUAUCUUUCCUACCUCCGAGAAAGGUACUUUCAAUAAGAAAAGACUUAAAUCUCAUCCUGACAGGCAAGAUCUGGAAUUGGGACACAGCAAAAAGAUUACUGGGAAAGCUAAAUUUCGCCUCCUUCACAAUUCCCCUGGGAAGAUUGCAUUCAAGGUCCCUUCAGAGAGCGGCAAACAUUCUGCCAGAAAGUCAAAAACGAAAGAGCUUUCCAAUCCCUUCAAAAGCCUUGGAAGACUGCAUGUGGUGGCUAGAGAUCUACAGGAAACCCGUCCUCUUCUCACUUUCCGAGAAACUGUGAAUAUCACCGCAGAUGCCUCCGAUAUCGGCUGGGGUGCACAUAUAAAUGGUCGGCUGAUCAGCGGCAUUUGGGACAUAAAUCAAAGAUUCUGGCAUAUAAACAAAAAAGAACUAUAUGCAGUCCUGAGAACAUUUCAAUUAGAACUUCACAUUUUAAAAAACAAAAGGGUAUUGGUUCAGUCCGACAACAAGACGGUUGUUGCUUACAUAAGGAACCAGGGCGGAACAAGGGCUUCCCUACUUACAGAAAUGGUAUCUUGUUUGCUGGAAAUGUGUCAAGAACAUCAGAUCGAUAUAGUACCCCAAUUCAUUCCCGGGGUCUACAACGACAUUGCCGACAGCCUUUCUCGGCAGAAACAUCUAGCCGAUUGGCACCUAUCAGAGAAAGUUACUAGAUUAAUUUUCGUCAAAUGGGGCACUCCGGAAGUGGACCUGUUCGCAACGAGGAAGUCGAGAGUAGUACAGAAUUACGUCUCCAGAGAUGUGAAGGACAGCAUGGCUCUGUUCACGGACGCUUUCAGCAGGGCUUAGAACUUCGGCCUAGCUUGGAUCUUUCCACCUCCGGCUCUAAUACCAAGAAUAUUAGCACACCUAAACACGGCCAGGGGAGUAUUCAUUCUAAUUAUACCCAAGUGGGAGAAAGUCUAUUGGAGAGCCGAUGUGAAAGCGAGAGCGUUAGACCCACCGUUUCAAUUGAGAAACCUUCAACAUCACUUGUUCGACGCAACGACGGGACUACAGUUACCGAAUGCAAAGAGUCUACGUUUGGAGGCCUGGCUGGUACGGGGUGCUCCAAGAUUACGUCAGAUUGGUCAGAUGAGGAUAGAGGACUUCUAGAGAAAGCGUGGAGAAGAUCAUCAUUUAAAACAUAUUCAGCUCCCUGGAAGGCUUGGUUGAAAAGAUGUCAAACUCUUAAUAUUAAUCCGAAUGUGCCAGAGGCAUCAAUGGUAGCCCGACAUCUGUGUUAUCUUUUCCGAGUGAAAAAUCUUGCACCGAAAACAAUUAAAGUUCAUAAGGCAGCAAUUGCCACUUUGGCGAAUCCUCUCUUGAGGGAAAAAAUUACAAGUAACCCUUUAGUGAAACAAAUGAUAAAAGCAAUUGAGUUAUCGAGACCACCCCCCUCAAAGAAAUCCAUUUGGGAUGUUUCUUUGCUACUAGAUUGGAUGAAAAGAAUAAACAUACGGGAGGAUAGCAUCUUCCAAGUCUCGCGCCAUUUGGCCCUGUUGUUACUGUUAGCUUCUGGUAGACGUAUUCACGAUUUAACUCUAUUAAACAUCGACCAGGAGAGCAUGAUUUUGGAAGAAACAGCAGUCACUUUUUGGCCUCAAUUUGGUUCCAAAACAGAUAAAAGUUCUUUUAGGCAGUCAGGAUGGAAAAUUUCCAGCAUUCCUGAAGUGACAUUCGAUCUUGUACAUUGGACAAAGAUUCUCAUAAACCUCUCUGCUAACAGAAGAGCAGCCGUGAAAGAUCUGAACCACCUUUUUAUUACUUCACGCGGGCGAGUUGGCCCUGCUUCUCGGGCUUUUAUUGCUGGUUGGAUUAAGUCGGCUCUUCUUGAAAGCAAUAUUAAGUUUUCACCAGGAUCCAUAAGAUCGGCAGUUGCAUCUUCAAGAAGAGACUGCAAUGUACCAAUGGAUUCCAUUUUAAGAAACGGAAAUUGGAGUAAUAGGCAAAAUGUGUUUAAAUUUUACUUUAAGGAGGUACAGAAAGUACCCACAAAAGACCGUGAAAAUGUUCUAGUGAAUAACAGUUUUACCGCUGUGUGAAUCAGCUUUCGUGAACUUUAUGUGUGCUUUGUUAGAGUUUAGACAUUUAUUUGUUAUUUACAUUUUACAUAUAUGAUUUUGUUUGUCGUCAUGAUGCUAUGUAAACAAAAUAUUCAUAUGUGUUUGUAUUAAAUGUAUCUUUGAGUUGAUGCAGGUCUAUUUUUUUUUUACACUCAUAUGCGUCUUGGGAUUAGUAAAUUUUUAUUUCUUUCAGCAUUCACAGUACGCUCCUCUGCGUCGUCAGAAACCAAAAACCUCUCACAGGGUCAAGCCGACGGCACAGACCAUGAAAUAACAAACGUUUUCCCCCCGUAGGGAUAAAAACGAUAUAUUUCAUGUCUUGCCUAGGCU